AUGGCAACAUUCAGAGAGGCAAGGGAAACUUUAUUGUUUGCUUAUCAAGAUGGAAGCAUUGAUGAUACAGAGUUUGCCCUGUUGUACGAUUUAAAUUCUUCUGAAAAUCUCGAAUUUCCUUAUUGGAAGUAUGGUCGCUUCGAUCUUGAUUCUAUGACAGAUGAUGAGUGUAAAACUGAGUUUCGGUUUUUCAAGAACGAUAUUUAUUUACUCGGAGAACUUCUUGAUAUUCCAGACAUAUUGAAGUGCCCCAAUGGCGUUCUUGUGGACGGAACGGAGGCUUUGAGUGUGCUGUUGAAGCGUUUUGCAUACCCGUGUCGAUUUGCAGAUAUG